ACAGAAAUGUCAUUUGUGAUGUUAUGUCUAUAUUUUGGUCUAUAUUAUGUAUCUAAUUCUGCUCCUUUUCUCUUUAUAAAGGUGGAACUCUCCAGCAAUGCUGUUUUGCACCAGAUGAGACGGGAUCAGGUCACAGAUAUGUGUCGAGCCAACAAUGUGUUAGGAAGGAAACGCCGUGUACUAACUCCUAAUGACCUGAAACACUUGGUGGUUGAUGAAUAUCAUGAGCUGAUUUACUGUUAUGUGCCAAAAGUGGCAUGUACCAACUGGAAGAGGGUAAUGAUGGUCCUUACAGGAAGAGGUAAAUACAGUGAUCCCAUGGAAAUACCGGCAAAUGUGGCUCAUGUCUCCUCCAACCUCAAAACCCUUAACCAGUAUAGCAUUCCAGAGAUCAACCAUCGCUUGAAAAAUUUCAUGAAGUUCCUAUUUGUUCGUGAACCUUUUGAGAGAUUAGUUUCAGCCUACAGAAAUAAAUUUACCCAAAAAUACAACACGUCCUUCCACAAACGCUAUGGCACCAAAAUAAUAAGGCGGCAGCGGAAAAAUGCCACCCAGGAAGCACUACUUAAUGGCAGCGAUGUCAAAUUUGAGGAGUUUGUUGCUUAUCUUAUUGAUCCACACACCCAAAAAGAAGAGCCCUUUAAUGAGCACUGGCAAAACAGUUUUUUCUCUCUGCCACCCAUGCCAUAUCCAUUAUGAUCUCAUAGGAAAAUACGAAACCUUAGAAGAAGAUUCUAAUUAUGUCUUGCAACUGGCAGGAGUGGGUAACUAUCUGAAAUUUCCCACUUUUGCCAAGUCUACCAGAACUACUGAUGAAAUGACAGCAGAAUUUUUCCAAAACAUCAGUUCAGAGCACCAAACUCAACUGUAUGAGGUCUACAAACUGGAUUACUUAAUGUUCAACUACUCAACUCCAGCCUACCUAAACUAGAAUAA